AUGUGGCUCGACCGCUUGAGCCAUCCGGGUGCCGGCCCCCCGCAGAACAACAUCAAUCGCUCAGGAUCACCCUUGCCGAGGAGUGUGUCUGGCGCCGGCCGCGGAGGACCCUAUGUGACGUCGCAGCGGUCGGCGCGCGUUUCAGCGCAGUCGCUCAUCUCUAGCGACUCGACCACUUCGCUUCUUACAUACUCCCGGCGGAUGAAUGGUUCGUCGCUGAGGCAGUCGGUGACCGUGGACGCGACCGAGGACAAGGCAAAGGAUGCAGCCGCGCUGGCUCUGCUGGGAAAGCUCCUCGCAGCCGAUGAUGAAAAAGGCUCAUUGGAGUCCUCAGCUACAGCCACGGAAACGAUUACGGACGAGGACCUCGAGCUGGACUUCGACUUUGGUGGGCUCUCUCUGCGACAGAUUGUCUGGAACGGACCUGGCGGCUUGCAAGGCGAUGAUGUUGCGCGCUCUACACAGACGCCGGAAGAGCGUAAGCCGUUCCUAUCACCGUCUAUCUCGGACGAAGUGUCUGUUGUUUCUCUGCUGACAGGCUGUCCAGUGGAAACGGAACGAACCAAGCUCGAAGAUCUUCACAAGUCGAUCCGCGCGUGCGACGAAGUGCUGAACUCGGUCGAGACAAACCUGACGAAUUUUCGAAACGACCUCGUGCUAGUGUCUGCAGACAUCGAAAAUCUGCAAGCGCGGUCGACGGCUCUCAAUAUCCGGCUGGAGAACCGUAAGACGGUCGAGAAGGGACUGGCGGCGGCGGUCGAGGAUCUCAGCGUGCCGCCCGCGCUCGUCAACAGGAUUGCCGAGGGCAAUAUCGACGAGCAAUGGGUGCAAUCUCUCAAGGAGGUGGAUAGGCGAGCAGCGGUACUGCGGAGCGGAAGCGAGCAGCAGAAGCAGGGCAAGGCCGUGCAAGAUCUCUUGCCGCUGAUUGACAAGCUGAUUCUAAAGGCGAUCGAGCGAAUACGAGACUUCCUGGUUGCCCAGGUCAAGGCGCUACGGUCUCCGCACAUCAACGCGCAGAUCAUCCAGCAGCAGAGCUUCCUCAAGUUCCGGGACCUGUACACGUUUCUCCACAAGCACCACGCGACGCUGGCGGACGAGAUUUGCCUGGCAUACAUGAACACGAUGCGCUGGUACUACAGCAACCAGUUUGGGCGGUAUGCCAAGUCGCUGGAGAAGCUGCGGCUGCACGUGCUGGAUAAGAACGACGUGUUGGGCCACGACGACCUACACUACGGGUCCUCGCGCAAGGGUGGCGGCAGUAGCGGCGGUGGAGGGCCGGGGGUGCGGCAUGACGCCUUCAGCCUGGGGCGGCGCAUCGACCUGCUGAAGGGCCCGAGCCAGAUAGCACUGUCUUCGUACCUGGCAGAAGAGGAUACGGCAGCUCACUACCUGGAGGUGCCGUUCCGACACUUCAACUUGGCGCUGGUGGACAACGCAACGGCCGAGUAUACGUUCCUGGCCUCGUUCUUCUCACCGGCACUCACGUUUGCGACGAUCGGGCGGCACUUCCACUACAUCUUUGAGCCGACGUUUGCGCUGGGCCAGGCGCUGACGCGGUUGCUGACGGCCGACUCGUACGACUGUCUCGGUGUGCUGCUCUGCAUCCGGCUCAACCAGCACGCGGCCUUUGAGCUGCAGCGCCGCAAGGUGCCGGCCGUCGACAGCUACGUCAACGCAACCAACAUGCUGCUGUGGCCGCGCUUCCAGGUGAUCAUGGACCACCACUGCGAGAGUAUGCGCCAGCUGGCUGCAGCCGUUGCGGCAUCGCCUUCGUCUUCGUCGACGGCAUCGACGGCCCCCCACGUCAUCACGCAGCGCUUCGGUCAGCUGCUGCACGGCAUCCUAGCGCUGAGCACCGAGGCCGGCGACGACGAGCCGGUGGUGACGAGCCUGCACCGGCUGCGCAGCGAGUCCGAGGCCUUCCUCACGCGCUACAGCCAGGCCGUCUUUGGCAAGGACCGGCGCAAGCAGGAGCGGUUUCUCUACAACAACUACUCGCUCGUGCUGACCAUUAUCAGCGACGUGAACGGUGGCAAGCUUGCCGCCGACCAGAAGCAGCACAUUGAGAGCCUCAAGGCGGCCUUUCAGGAGGGAGCAUAA